CGUAGGUGAAUGCAGCUGGUGGAGGUGUAGGCAUCCUACUCGGCGCGUGCCGGUGACGUCAUCGGAAGCCGGGAGCAUAGAGAAACCCGGUCCCGCGGGCACGCGCUGGUGGACUGGAGGCCCACUGGGCAAGCGGCUAGCGCGGGCCGGUGGCGGGCGGACGGUGUUGCCCCGGGUCCGAGACCUGGCCGUGAGCAGUAGGGGUUCGAGUCCCGCUUCUGUUCAGGGGUCACCUGACGGCUUCGCACCAACUCCGAUCAUCUCACUCAGGAGGCCGUCGUGAGCCCCCAUACAGAUGGCUGACGGCCAGACAAUGAGCGAGAAGCCGAACGACGAAGUAAAGUGAAGGGAAACGCGGGUCCAAGAUGCGGGCCCAGAACCUAUGGAGGACUGUGGUCCGGACAGUGGCAGUGCCGUGGACAGCCCUACAGCCCCCGCACCCCAAGACUUGGGAGCAGAGCCUGGGGCGGCUACUGGACCCGAGUCCCAGCCCGGACUCUACAGCUACAUCAGGGGUGACCUAUUCACCUCGGAGAUCUUCAAGCUGGAGCUGCAGAACGUACCCCGCCAUGCCAGCUUCAGUGAUGUGCGCCGCUUUUUGGGGCGCUUUGGCUUACAACCGCACAAAACCAAACUCUUCGGUCAACCCCCUUGUGCCUUCGUGACAUUUCGCAGUGCUGCGGAGCGGGACAAGGCCCUGCGAGUGCUGCACGGCGCUCUCUGGAAAGGCCGCCCACUCAGCGUGCGCUUGGCCCGACCCAAGGCUGACCCCAUGGCCAAGAAGAGGCGGCAGGAGGGUGAGGGUGAGCCACCCACAGCGCAAAUUGCGGAUGUGGUGACCCCUCUUUGGACAGUGCCCUAUGCUGAGCAGCUGGAGCGGAAGCGACUGGAAUGUGAGCAGGUGCUCCAGAGACUGGCCAAGGAAAUUGGGAACACCAAUCGCGCCCUGCUGCCCUGGCUGCUCACGCAGAGGCACAAGCACAACAAAGCCUGCUGUCUACUGGAAGGGGUCAGGCCAUCACCCCAGCAGACUGAAUAUCGUAAUAAAUGUGAGUUUCUGGUUGGAGUCGGGGUAGAUGGAGAAGACAAUACAGUUGGCUGUCGACUUGGCAAGUACAAGGGUGGGACAUGUGCUGUGGCAUCUCCCUUUGACACUGUGCACAUUCCUAAGGCAACCAAGCAGGUGGUAAAAGCCUUCCAGGAGUUCAUCCGGUCCACCCCAUACUCGGCAUAUGACCCUGAGACAUACGCAGGCCACUGGAAGCAGCUGACUGUGCGCACCAGCCGCCGUGGCCAGGCCAUGGCCAUUGCCUACUUCCACCCCCAGAAACUGAGUCCUGAGGAGCUGACAAGCCUGAAAGCCUCUCUGGUGCACUACUUCAUGCAGGGGCCUGGCAGAACCAGUGGGGUGACCUGCCUUUACUUCGUGGAGGAAGGACAGCGAAAGACUCCCAGCCAGGAGGGCCUGCCACUGGAGCAUGUAGCCGGAGACCAGUGCAUCGAAGAGGACCUACUUGGCUUAACCUUCAGGAUCUCCCCUCAUGCCUUCUUCCAGGUAAACACACCUGCUGCAGAGGUACUGUACACUGUCAUCCAAGACUGGGUCCAGCUGGACAGGGAAAGUACAGUGCUGGAUGUAUGUUGUGGUACCGGCACCAUUGGCUUAUCCCUGGCCCAGAAGGUGAAAAGAGUCAUCGGGAUUGAACUGUGCCAAGAGGCUGUGGAGGAUGCCCGGGCGAAUGCCCAGACCAAUGAGCUGAACAACGUUGAGUUCCACUGUGGAAAGGCUGAGGACCUGGUGCCCACCCUGGUGAACAGAUUGGGUUCCCAACAACUUGUGGCUAUCCUGGAUCCGCCCCGAGCUGGCCUACAUUCCAAAGUGAUUCUGGCCAUCCGUAGAGCUGAGAACCUCAAGAGGCUCCUGUAUGUUUCAUGCAACCCUCGGGCAGCCAUGGGCAAUUUUGUGGACCUCUGUAGGGCCCCAUCUAAUCGGGUUAAGGGCACCCCCUUCCGACCAGUCAAGGCUGUGGCCGUGGACCUGUUCCCACAAACUCCACACUGUGAGAUGCUCAUCCAGUUUGAGAGAAUGGAGUACCCUAAUGGCACAGAGGUCCUAGGACAUGAAGACCCUCCAGCUGAGCCUCCUCCAGAACCUCAUCUUGACACUGCACAAGAAACUGCAGCGUUCUAGGCCCUGGGAGCUUCAGAAACCAGCACUUCAGAGCAGAGCCCAUCAGGGAAACAGAAGCUGGAAGAUUUAUAAUCCCAUUUGCUUGGAUGUGCAGUAAUGGGGCACAAGGCCUCAUUGCUGACUUGAUGCUAUGGGCUGUUGCUCAAAAGAUGGACGGACUCCUGCUCACCAUCCCAUCCCUGUAAUAACCAGCCUGUGAGGGCCAAAAUAAACAAUUGCUUAACUAA